CUUCCUUUCUCCUAUUUCCAGUUUUUUUUUUGGUAAUUGCUGCGGACUGUUGACCAACAUUUGCUGAAUGUAGUUAGUAAUUUUUUUUAAAGCAGGGCAGCUGUGAAAUUAGGAUUAUUUGAGUAAACUUUGACAGACGACUACGGAAAAGGUUAGGAAUGUAAUUUUUUUGAAAAUAAAUGUUAAAAUGAUGUCGGUAAACACGUCAGGAAUGUGGUAAUGUUAUCUGACGUAUAUGCAGUGGCAGGUAAUUUACAGGAUGGUACUUGUUUAAGUAUCAAUGUGUAUCUUAUGUGAAGAAGAAAUAUUAAAGCUAGUAUUAAAACUUACUGAAAAAAAUUAGUAGGUGUAAUUUAUUUCUAGAUCUUAUACUAACCAUCUCGAAAUGAUCUGUGAAGCCCCCAAAUGGACACUGGCAAAAGAGGGCGUUUCCCCGCGCCCUCAGACUCUGAUACACACAACCUGGAUGCUGUAAGAGCGUUGCAUCAAACAGUUGUCUCAUUGCGUGCAGCACUUGACAAGUCUCGUGCUGAAUUGCAAGAGUUACGUUCCAAAGUUCAGUCACAAGUAGACACAUCCAUCUAUCGAGACACAAUAGAAAAACUAUCUCUUGAAAAUCACAUUUUGCGAUCGAGAGUACUAGCCAAUGGCAAAGUUGCAGAGUAUGUUGAUUCUUUAACUGACAUACUACUGAAACCAAACUUGUUACCUAUUGAAAGCAACACAAAACACAUGGAUCAGUCUAAAACUGUACCAGAUGAGUUAAAGGUUGGUAACAAUGAUAAUGUGAAGGAUAGUGCGAGACCAGCAGUGAAAACUGCUGAAGAUUUGACAGUUUCAAACGUGCAAGAAGUUUCUGCAAAAGAAGAUGCUAAUGAAGUUAACCAAUUGCAACGCAGUACUCUAGAAGAAAAAGAAGAUGAAGGAGGCGGAGAAAAUAAGAUUUGCACAGAGAAACUGGAACACAGAGAGUCAAGCAUCAGGUCAGAAGAUGGCGACCAUUCUGUGGGCAGUGAAACAAGUCAGCAGGAUGGUGGGCCACAGCAAGUGGCUAAGACGGCAGGGGACUCUGAUAACGAAUCUGAGGAACUGGAUGAUAUUGAGCUUAUAUUCACAACUGAAGAGACAAAAGAGUUGGGUGUUUUGCAGGAAGAUCUGGUAUCCAUCACAGAGACCGAGGUGUGGCACCCAAGUGGCAACGCAACUCUGUAUAAGCACCCCAGGGUGGAAAAUGUUAAUGAGGUAGCAGAAGAGGAAGAUGAUGAUGAAGUGUUUCCAAAAGAUGGGGUUGAUGAGAAGGAAGUACCUCCAUCUAACCUCACCAAGAUCUGGACACAGUCUGUGCUCGUGGAAACUGAUAUCUCAAAGUGUGGUGUUGUGGAUGAUAUAGAUGUUACUAUACCAUUGUCUCGGAGAAACACAUUGCCCAACCCUCUUAUGUACCACACAGUUCUCCCCAGAGAACCGUUGGCAAACAAGGUUUCGAUCGGCCCCUCACCCUUGAGUCCUCGGCCAUUUGCAGUGAAGUUUGCCGCUUCAUCGGGAGGUCCCCAAAGUCAAAGGAAUGGCAGGCUAGAGUUAACAAAGUCUGCGGUAAGACCCAUUCUGAUCGAGAAAAAUGCAGUGAAGAGAGAGUCGGAAGCUCAGACGGACAUUACCGCGCUGCCGUCGCAGUGGAAAUCAGAAAGCUAUUUGGCCCAUAAAGUCUCGCAUAACUUCACAACUCUACCUUCCAAGUUUGCCAUGCCGAUACAGCAAAUGGUUCACCCAAAAUAUUCAUUACGACUCUCCGAGAAGACCCAAGAGGCUCGUAGGACAUUGCUGUCGGAUAUCAACUUCACGAGCAUGGUGCCGGAGCUGUCACGCAGUGCAGACCACCUGUGCCAAGAAGACACGGAGCAGAGCAUCCAGCCCGCCAACAUGGGGCUGUGCCGCAACUACCCCAGGGCGUUCUCGUACAUGAAGAACGGCGAGGUGAUGUCGCCGAGCUACGCCCAUUCGAGGGACUACGGCAAGGACCCGUGGUCUCCGUGCAGCUGCACCCAGUACGGGGGCAGCCAGCUGUACCACCGCUACCAGGGCUCGCUGUCGUCCAUGUCCGGCCCGCUGAGCUACGAGGCUCUGGACCCUCGCAGGAGGCACUCGUGGAGGCCGUCCUACGACAGCUACCAGAGCAGCACGCUGUCGCAGAAGCCCGCCUGGGGCUCCGUGCCCUCGUCGCCCACCCACGGCCGGCGCUCGCGCAGCAUGCAGUUCGCGCAGACACCGUGCUCCGACGUCAACUUGUACUCGUGCGCCAGCGGGCGAGAGCUGCAGUUCAGCUCCUCGUCUCUCCGCAGCGGCAAGCUGCAGCCGUCAAAGAGCAGAUCUCGCAACAAAGUCACAUUUGAAGAGUCUUCCUUGCGCCGUGUGCCGCAUCCCGGCCAGUCGCUGCCCGAUCUCAGGGCUGACAUUGAUUUCGACAGCGGUAACUCUACCGACUCCCUCAUAGAUGAAGCAGAGGAGUAUUUGCGACGUUCGAUUGAUUCCAUUCUGACUGGAACAGAUUGGAGUCGGGUUGGGCGUCGAAGACAGGCCCGCAAACAUUCAGAACCAGACCAGAUACGAGAGCUGGUGCCCCCGCGGUCAGCCCGGCCGUUCCUCCCGAAGAUACCGCGAGACCUCAAGCUGGACUACAUGGUGAAGGUGAUCUCGGCCGAGGGGCGCGUGAUGAUGGGGCGCGUGCGGUACGUGGGCGGCGUGCCCGGCCGGGCGGAGCCCCACGUGGGGGUGGAGCUGCCCCGGGACUCCGGCGACUCGGACGGCUCCUUCCAGGGCCGGCGGUUCUUCGACUGUGACCCAGGCAAGGCGAUGUUUGUGCCCUUCAAGAAGGUCGUCAUGGCUUGGAGCACCUGAACCAUCGCAGAGGUGUUGCAUCCUUCUUAGAGUGUCCCCAACUUCAUUUCCUCCCCCUGCCCCCUCCCACCCGCCCGUGUAUUUCUGACCGGCUCCCGUCGUAUUGUAAACACCCAGAAUCUCUCUUGCAGGUAUGUUGUUACUGUACUGUCUACUGCUGCCUAUCACUUAGUAGGUAGUUGUAUGUAUAUGUAUUAGCUAUGUGGUGACAUAGUCCUUCAUGUUCAAUAGGUUCUGUGUAUAUAGUGGAUACCCAAAAUAUAUAACAAAACAUUUGGUGUUUGAAACCCAUUCCAAUCAAGAUGUAAUCUAAUUUUACGAAUGAGUAUGUUAUUUUAUCAUACAUAUUAUGUGUUGACAUUUAAGAUUUUACAGUUGUGUGACACACAUAUUUUAUGGUUUUGAGAAUGAAUCUCAUAGGGAUUCUACCUAAUGUUAUUUCGGUUUUUUUGGUUUACCUUUGUUUUUUUUUUUUAGUAAAGAUGGAACUUAGAUCUAUUUUAUUGGUGCUGUUCGAUUUUAAGUAUGAUCUGCUUGAUGCUGCAACAGUCCGGGAUCUUGGGGCGAGAGACACAAUGCAUACACAUGCAGUGUGCGAGUGAUGGAGGCGCGAGUGUUUUUGGGUGACGUUGCUACUGGAGUGGUGAACGGUAAUGCCUUCUCUCUUCUGGUAUCCAGUAUCAAUGUCAGUUCUCACGUAUUAUAAUACUUAACACCCUACGUGAGUUUCUGUAACUAUAAAUGUUAUCUAGCUUAGUACCCUGUCACUCUGCAAACUAGCACCAUUUGUAUUGUUACUUAAGUUAGUUCUUUAAUUUAAGUGAAUUAACUUUACUCAACAAGUACCAAUUGCCUUGAUCUGUUACUCCUUUUUUUUUUGUUGUAAAUGAAUGUGUGAUAAUUUUUGUAAAAGUAGGCUUUUAUUUCUUUAAGUGUGCAGUGAAGAAUGUUUGUUGAAUAACAAAAAAAAACCCUGCCUCUUUGUGCAGUAAAGUGAGUGCAACGGAAGGUUAUUUUUAACUGUGCUGUAGGUAAAAUGAAUUUGCCCUUUUAAGUUCUGUGGUUUAUUAUGGUUUAUUAAACUGUCUAGGUGAGUUUGCGAAUGCUAUUUCUAGUUGAGAGCUUUAAUUUGUUGAAGUUUUUUUUUUUUGCAAGAUAUUUCAGACAAAUCACGAUCCAGUUGCAGAAGUAUUACGUUGUACACUGAAUUAUCAGUUUUCUCAUAAUUUAUCAUUCCCUUACCACUAAAUGUGACUCAGAGUGGUGUUGUUACAUAAUGUGUGUGUCUUACAGUUAUCUUAAGAAGUUUUUAAUAAAUGUUCCCCUCGAUCUGUGUUCAACACCUCAGUGUGCUAAGUGACUUGUGUUAUCAAACCAAAGUAUGCUCUUCCCCUACUUCAUACGUUCCCCUAACUCUCAAUAGUCCAUUGCAGAGUGCCACUCAGGCAUUCAUAUUAAACUAUUUGUUGAUCUGUGAAUGGUACUAUGAUUAUGACAUUUUCAUCUAAUAUUUUAUGAAUAGCAAGGUGUGUAUGGUCAGUUGUCUGUUGAUGAGUAUAGAUGAUUCUUAAAAAUGUGUUUUAAUUUCUUCUUGUUUACACUGAUGCAGUUUUCAUGGUAGCUUUAGUUUGCAUGUCCAAAAGUUGCAAUGUUAUAUUGUGGUUGAAAUUUAAGUUGUAUCAUAUUUUGUUACUGUCUUAUCUUGAUCUAGUCAUAAGGCUUAUUGAGCAUCAGUUUCAUUUUGUGCUGAACCAAAGUUAUUUAAUAUGUAUCUUAUAAUUUGUAAAAAAAAAUAUUGUGCUAUAUACUCAUAAUUCUAUGUAUGUGUUAGUAAUUACAUUACAUUUUCUUGCCCAGUAAGAAUUGCAUAUCACUUAAAAUGUAAAAGCUAAGUCAACAGUGAUUAAUAAUUGCAAUACUGAAAAAUCAAAUUGUUAAAGAAUUUUGAGAAAAUUUAUUAAUAUAUAUUGUUUUCUUUGUUGGAG